UCGUCAGAGCGUAACGGAAUUGCGAAAGUGAUUCCGGACAACUUUCAAACAUGCCACGUCAGAGAGUGGGCAAGUCGUGAAGCGUACCUGGCGGCUGCCAUCCGCCGUUGCCAAGGUUUCCGUGUACGCGCUGCUUUUGCCUGCUCGCCUGCGCGCGCGCUUCUCUCCCGUUGGCAGACAUGGCGGCGGACCUCCAGCCCGAGUGGAUUUCUGGUCUGCCUUCUUCCUGGAGUUAUGGACUUACUCGUGACGGACGCGUCUUCUUCGUCAACGAAGAAGCCAAGAGUACAACCUGGCUCCAUCCCCUGAGCGGCGAGGCGGUCAUAACCGGACACAGGAAAACUCCAGAUCUACCCAUUGGAUGGGAAGAAGGAUAUACGUUUGAGGGUGCACGAUGCUUCAUCAACCAUAAUGAGCGAAAGGUGACCUGCAAGCAUCCCGUCUCAGGCUCGCCCUCUCAAGACAACUGCAUCUUUGUCAUCAACGAACAUGUGUAUUGUGGAAAAAUGUUUCAUCCAGCGCGUAGCAGAUCUGCCGGCAAAGUGCCAGUGAAUGAAAAAAAGGAACAGCCAAGAAGCAUCAUGAGCGAGGCCUCCAACAACACGGGCGGCUCGGACUGUGCCGCAAACCAAUCCGGCGCAGCAGCAAGGGCAUCAAGACCGCCUAAAAAACUUCAUAAUUUUGGAAAGAGAUCAAAUUCUAUCAGGAGGAAUCCCAGCGCUCCCGUUAUAAAGAGGGACUGGCUCUAUAAGCAGGACAGCACCGGGAUGAAGCUGUGGAAAAAGAGGUGGUUUGUGCUGUCAGACUUGUGUCUCUUCUAUUACAGAGGUGAGUCAUUCCAACGAAACGCAUCUUUCAAUGCUACUGCUUGCAGCAACUGUACCCUGCACGCUCUCCUUAAGCCAUGCCCCGGGCUACUUCUGUUUAGCUGGACUCAAUCCCUGUGCUUGUACAAGAUCCAAAGAGACUGUUGGAAUGGCUAUGUAAGGAACAUGGCUUGGAUUAUGCCUUCCAAACAUGGUUUUGACAAAAGGAGCUAAGCUGGAAAAUGGCUUUCACACCGAUUUAGAGUUGUGAAACGAGUUUCCAGGAAUCAAGCAGGCUCCUCUCACAUUGCGGUUCCUCUGUCAUGAAUCCUUAAAUUUUCCCGACGACAUUUACAGACACCCUUGUAAUCCCAACAAGCGACCAAAACCGUGCACCCUAU